AUGGUGAAGCGCAAGAGCUCUCAAAGUAGUACUAUGGAUUUAAAGGGCAGGGACCACGACCUUAUAAUGUAUCCAGCACUCACCACCUUGUGGGGAAAAGCCUCUCCUCGCCCUAAUGUUAAAAAAUUUUGUCAUCAGGGCUAUGUCACGGAACAACAUUUGACGAAUUUCUUGUGUUUUUGCACUCGUCUCGCGGUACUACCGGAUGACUUGGUGUUUGAAAUCUUGAGGCGGAUGACAAGUAGGUGUCUGUUGGAAUGCAAGCUAGUGUGCAAGUCUUGGCAAGUAAUGAUUGAAAGCCCUCAAUUUAUGGAGUCUCGGAGUUUGCCGGGCCUGAUUGUUUACUAUGAAGAACCAGACUCGGCUUACCCUGAACUUUGGUUCUCGAAGCGGGAACUGAAUCUAUUUCACUGCAGUCUUAGGGCUGAAGGAGGUCCAGUACAAGAAUUUGAAAUUCUCGGCAAAGUGGCCCCGUCUGUAUGGUUCAAGAGAAGUCAUCUGAUGACACAAAUAAUAGAUGGCCUUGUUUGUGUUUACGGCCUUAAAGUUUUGAAAAUUUGGAACGUUCAUACUGGGGAGAGUAUGAGUCUUCCGGAACCCUCUCUGCCCUUCGAUAGUGAUAAUCAACGGUGUCUUUUCCGGAGAAGGUUUUAUUUAGGAUAUGACCCUUCAGCUGGAGUGUAUAAAUUGCUAAAAUUGGACAUUCCUCGUUACAGCUGUCCACACGGUGUUUCAGCUGAGAUUCUGACCCUUGGAAACUCAUCAUCUUCUUGGAGAGAAUUGCAGCGUGGUGAUGUUGCUGGUACUGAUUGGCCUCCUGCAAUGGUUAACCUUGAACCUUAUUUUAUAGCUUCGAAUAGUAAUUCAUCUGAUGGGUUCAUCUAUUGGGUUGGGGUUACAGAUCAUGGGUCGCCAAGGUUGUUGUCUUUCGAUCUUAGACAGGAAAACUUUCGUUGGAUUACUCUUCCGGAUGAUCUGAUCAUCAGAGACGAUGAGACGUCAAAGUUAAAGUUUCGGGAUUUGAAAAUCACGCAAUCCAUGGGAUAUCUAGCUCUGUGGUUUCCUCCUGGUGCGGCCGAAGAUGAUUGUUUUGUAUUGUUCAUAUCGGAGAAUAAGGGUAUCAGCUGGUCUAAGCAUGCAGUUCGCUUACCCCGAGGACUUAGAGAUGAACCUUUUCAGAAGUUUGUCAAAGUAGUUGGGAAUCUCCCAACUGGUGAGCUUCUGUUGCUUAACCCCAAGGCGGAAACUUCUGCUGUUCCAGUUUAUUCAUAUGAUCAUAUUGAAAAGAAGUUUGGUAAGUUUGUUGUUGGAAAGAUGCCCCAACCGCUUAGGCCCAUCUUAGGCGAGUUUCGCGGCCGUACAGUAAAGAUACCUGUUAUGAUCUCUUGUGGACUUGAAAAUUUCAAACCGUUGGAUGUUGCAUUGAGCCGUGGCGGUUGA